AUGGCAGAACCACAAUGCUAUUGUCCUUCCCCAGAAGAAGAAGAUGAUGAAUGGCAAGGACAACUCAUGGUGAGCGAUAGCAUGAACAUCCUCCUCAAGCCAGAGGAUGAAACCGAGACGGAAAGCGAUGACUCGCAACAAGAUAUUUUGGAGAUUAUCGAAGAGUUGCCAUUGGAUGGGGAAGACGAAUUUGACACUCCAGCAAGUAGCACUUCCAACGAGUUUUCCUUGUCCAACAUUACAUUUGCCCUAGGGGGUGCCAUUCAAGGAAGCGCCGCCACAUUGGGGAAUGCCACGGACAAAUUGCGACAAUCGCUCAUCCCGUCGGCGGCUCCUUCUGCUUCUCCUGCCAAGGCCAACAACAAUCCCCUCAAUAAUUCGCUCAGCAAUCUUCGUCGAUCAUCUUCCCACAACAACAAGAAGAACCGAAAGGUCGACUUUGGUCCCUUUGAAUCCCGGGCCGUUCGAUUGCAGUAUACACAGGAAGAUUUGUUUGAGAUUGUCGAUGAUCCGGCUCAAUUCUACGAACUACAAAAUGCACUCCGCAGUCUAGGAGCCGUCACCAAUACACUCGUCCAACAAAAGUUGCAUUGGUAUAUCAAAAACAACAAACGAGAACGGGCGCGUCAAGCGGCAUUGGAGGAGGAAGCAUUGCAACAGCAGCAAGAGCAAGAACCAACGACACCACCCACCGAAUCCAAAGUGAUGAAUGGCGAUGAUUUGUUGGUCAAAGCAGGUCUGCCACCCAUUGCCGAAGAAGAGGAAAGUCCCAAGAGCGUCCGAGAGAUCUUUGUUCCGCUCAGUUAG